CUGAGGGACUGUUGCCAUAAAAACAGAAGAGAUGGAGUAGUUAAUGAACAGAUACUGUCAACAAUACUUGAAAUAUAGGUUGCUAAUUAGUAUUUGUGAAGCCAAGGUAGGGGUUCAGAGGGCGUGAGAGGAAAGGGACACCUGAGUUUGAGAGCUCGAAGUCAAUGUUUGGGUCCCAUUCAAGGAUAGGAUCCAGGUAGUGGCCGAGGGACCCUGACUGCAUGAGGGUGCAAAGCUCCGCUUUGUGUCGAGUUGGGGGUUGAAAGCAAUGGUCAGGACAAGAGGCUUCGUGUUUUCUACCCAGAAUAUUCAUUAAGUUACCUAAGUCUUCAAGCCCCAGCUUCCAAACACGCCUUGAUCUUGCUUGCAAUGCUGUCUCCGCCCACUGGGGGGCGGGGCUCGAGGGCGAGGCUGGUGGCUGUUCAGAAGCCUCGAGAGCCAUCAGUUCCUACCAGACUCUUGCUGGGGGUGCUGUCUACCCCAUGGCCGGGCGCAGAUCUUCAAACGUCUACCCCCUCCCAGGCAAUAGUGGUGGUGGCCUGGAAGGGCCAGUGCCCGUGCGAGUUGACACUCCAACCUGGCUGAGCAGCCAAGCAGCCACCAGCAGGUUGAUGGUACGGCCAGGUAUCGGACCAGGCAUCUGUCCAGGCCCUGAAGUGUGGGGAGUGCCUCUGGGUCCCUCCCCUUAUGAAUUCCGAGGCGGGCUAGCACCCUAUGGAGCUGGUGAGGCAAGGGCCUGGUCCCAGAGUUCCUCUGAGGAUACCUGCCCAGGACCCUACAUCGCCCUGAGGUACAUGCCAAAUUUGGCACUGCCAGAGGACGUUUCGGCCAUACAGAAAGAGAUGGAGCAGCUGGCCAAGGAGCUGAGACAGAAGAGGAUGACCCUGGGGUACUCACAAGCCGAUGUGGGGUUCGCUGUGGGAGCUAUGUUUGGGAAGGUUCUCAGCCAAACAACCAUAUGCCGCUUUGAGGCCCAGCAGCUCAGCCUUGCCAACAUGUGGAAGCUGCGGCCUCUGCUGAAAAUGUGGCUGGAGGAAGUAGAUGAGAAGAACCUUGUGGGCAUAUGCAGAAUGGAGAUGAUCCUGCAGCAGGCCCGGAAGCGGAGACGCGCAAGCAGGGAGAGACGCAUUGGGAGCAAUCUAGAGAAACUGUUCUUGCAGUGUCCAGAGCCCACGCCCCAGCAAAUCAGCUAUAUUGCUGGGCGCCUCCGGCUGCAGAAGGACCUGGUCCAAGUGUGGUUUUCUAACCGGAGCCAGAUGGGCAGUUGGCCAAGCAAUGAUACCUCCCGGAGGGAGAAUGUGGGGGCAACUGGGCCUCCUUUCCCAGGGCCACCUGUGUGCUUUCCCCUGGCACCGGGGCUCCAUUUUGAUUUUCCCCACUAUGGGGGGUCAUGUCUUACACCCCUCUACUCCUCUACCCCAUUUCCUGUACGAGGAACUCUUUUGUCGGCCCCAACUACCACCCUCGGCCUCCCCAGGCUGUCAAGCUGAGGGGCCUACCCUGCAGAGGGAGGAUCAGAGAAUAGAGAGAGGGGGAUUUUGUUUCAAGGGUUUUAGUGUUCAGUUCUCUGCCUAAAGAAGUUAAAGAAAUUUAGAGGGUGAGGGUGGGUGUUAUUAUUUUAAGAAGGGUUGGGAGGGAAGUUAAAGCUUAUCGCUUGCUUCUUUUUGUUUUUACGUUUGUUUUUCCCUGGUGUUGGCAUUACAAUAUAUUUAUGGCUUCAACAUUUUGUUUCUCUUUCUUAAUUAUUAAAGACAUGUCCAUUGUUCCUUUUUGUUACCAGGAAACACAAAGAGUUUCUUUCUUUAUAAACACAGCAUAAAAUUAAAAACACAAGUCACAGACAACUACUAUACCCACAUUAACAAACAAACAAACAAAAAACAAUCAGAACUUUGCGCAAACACAGAAUCCAGGAUAACAAUCACUCCUCAGGAAGGCCUAGAAGUGCAGUUGGAAAGUAGU